AUGUGCUAUGGACAGACUGGAAAAUACUGGGAACGAAUCAAUGAAGAGGAAAUGGGAAUAAAAGUAAUUACUGCAGUUCAGUCAGAUGCCGUGAAAAGGUUGCGUGUUAAAAAGAAUCCUUCAAAACCUUUGAGACAAAUUGACCAACAUUUGGAUGGUAAAGCUUCUAAACCCAAAAGUCAAAAUGAAAGUGUCAAAAAUUCUCAACCUAUGGAUGAUGAUCCUUUGAGUUCUGCAGUAACUUCUAAUACUCCAGUUACAAUAGAGUUCAGUAAUGAGAAAGAUGCUUUUGUUAGGGUACGCAAGUUCUAUCAGAAGUGUAAGAAAUAUCAAAAAGAAGGAACAAGUUUUUGUGGCCGUCGUUGGCUAUAUUUUAUUGAUUCUGGGGGCCAGAUUCAAUUUCAAAAGUUGCUGCCAGCAUUCAUGCCGUAUGCUUCAGUCCUACUUCUAGUAGUUAGUUUAUCUAAGGAUCUCAAUGAGCCAUCUUCUACAGCAAUGCAGCUUUCUGAGAGAAAAAUUAAUGUCAGUGAGCGUUCACUCUCAGUUAUUGAAAUUUUGAAGCAGCUUCUCUCUGCAAUAGCUUCAAGUACACAGCGAUACCGCUCGUUGAUUGCUGAUGAUCCCCUUCUUUCAGAAUUGAUUACACCUCCUUCAGAUAAGUUAAAAGUGCUACCUGUUGCUACUCAUCCUGAUGAGUAUGAAGAAGCACUAAAGAAAGGUAAAGAAUCAAGUGAUGAUAAAAGAAAAAAAAUUAAUGAAAUUGCUCACCGUCAUGAGUCUUGCGAGAUAGUGGGACAUGAAGGUAGAAUAUAUCUGUAUAAGGUUGAUGGUAGUAAAGCUCGUAAUAAAGUCUUUGAAGAUCUACAGCCAGAUUCAGAUCUGUACAAGAUUGCUCAAGCAUUAGAGAAAAAUCAUUAUAAAAUUAAAGUUCCGUUGAAGUGGUAUUGUUUUGGCGUCCUUCUCCAUGAUGUUGCUAAGGAAGGUUGUGGUGUUCUGAGCUUAUCUUAUUGUCAAGAGCUUGGUCAACAAUUGGAAGUAAAUUUGUCAGCUGACAAAUCAUUAAGUGCUAUUAAGUUUCUCAGUUUUCUCAAUAAAUUGCUCUUUUAUCCUGAUUCACCUGCUGGUGAUCUUGUUUUUGUUAAUAUAGAGAGUCUCUUUAACAUUCUUAAAGAUUUACUAGUUUUUGUUUGUGACGCUCAUUCUGAUGCAAAAUUUCUACUUUCUGAUCAAAAAGCACUUGUGUGUAAAGGUCAUCUCUCUAUUGAAAUCCUUAAAAAGGCAUCAAAGAGUUGUAAUAAGAUAUCCAAGGCCUUUUCUGAUUUUGAGACAAAGUUACUUGGUCUUUUUGAGUAUCUUCUGAUUGCUACAAAGUUACCCGAGAAAGAUACUUUCUUCAUGCCAGCUCUUCUACCGAUAAAAGAUGUAUCUGACAUCAACCCCUACCCUAACACAAUACCUCUUUUAUUUUAUUUUGAAAAUGCUAUUCCAAUGGGUCUCUUUUGUGCAGUCAUUGUUCAUCUUCUCUCUGAGAAGGAAGCUUCGUGGAAAGUCAUUGAAGAGUCAAACUUUUCAAACUAUUUCACUUUACAAUGUCCAGAUCUUCUUGAAAGUAUCAUUAUUCUUGUGGAACAAGUUGACUGUAUUGCACUUUAUUGUGAAGCAGAAGAUGAUUAUAUUCCAGCAAGGGAGGCUAUGGAAGAAGCAGUUGAUGCAGCAAUGUUAGCACAUAAACUUAGUGAGAAGCCAAAAAAAGCAUUUUACUGUCCCUGUGGUAAAGGAAGGCAUGUAGCUGUAGUAUCGUGGCUCAAAAAACAACGGCGUCAUGUUUUUCAUUGCACUAUUAACCAUAAAUCUCAAAAAAUGCCUGACUGCUUGAAUUGGCUAGAUCAGACAAGUAAAAGAAAACGACGGCAUGAUGAGUUACAACAUUUACCUGAUGUUCUGGAGUCAAAUAUUGCAUAUCAAGUUCUUGUGGAAAGCACAGAGGAGAUUAAGGAAUAUUUUUCUGAUGAUUUUUCUGAAAUUGCAAGCAAGCUGCUUCAGAUGAAUCUGAUCACUGAAAGAGAGAGGAGUGCUAUAACUGAUACAAAUACUGGGCGGAAUAAGUAUCAGCGAAUGGAAGAAUUAAUAGAACAUGUUAAAGUGGCAGUUAAAAUUAAAGAGUCUGUUUUCUUCUUAUUAUUAGAUAUUUUUAAUGAAAAAGAGUACUCAACCUGCUACCGAUUUUGCUCAAAAACUCAAUCGAAGAUAUAAAGAUAAA